GCCUAUGAUGUAUAAAAGGAAACUCUUCAUUGCCGUUGAUCAAUGUGCAUUCCAUACUUCAUUGUAAGGAUGGCACGGGAAUACGCAAACCUGUUUUGUUUCAUUUUGUUUUUUGCGAUUGUUCAGUAUUCGAACAGCGCUCAAAGUGUCCUAAGAACAAAGGAUCUAGAAGAGAAAAGAUGGCGUAUGGUUUUCCUAGCUAAUUCUGGCAACAAUCAAAAUGUGUAUGACGCUUGGGUUAAAGGUACUGGUACAACCAGUGUCAAACCUGCAACCCUGCAGCGCACUCAUGGUCCGCACUACCGUGACGACACAUUUCUUUCGGCCUGGACAAGAACAGAUAUUGUGUCCGUCAAAUUUGCCUUUUAUGACCAAUACCGCGAACUGGCUCACGUGAUCUUCGGUGGAAAAGGAACUGAUGCGAUCAACUGGUUUGAACCUGAACAGGUCCUGUCUUCCAGCUACUCCGACCUGACAAGGCAUGGCACAUAUAAUCUUUUCUCAAUAGCUGGAGAAGGAAGGUGGGAUGUUGACAGACGUUUUUACAUAAACCGUAAUUACGGUGGGUGUGACAACGAUGCAGGACAUUUUGCCGUAACGGAUACGAAUACUAAGACAGGAUGUGCAUGGGAUAUUCAUCCGGUUUACCCACAAUUCUUGUAUUCUAAGAUAAACUCCGUGACUGUUUGGGACCGUAGGCUGUUUGGUAGGGCCGACUUCAUGGCAAUUUUUGUCGAAACUAAACGCCGAAGAUACUGAAUGAGUAAAUAAUAUCAAUUUCAUGACUUAAUGACAUUUUUAUAAAAGUAUUCAGAUUUACAGAUUUAAAACGAAGA